AUGAACAUGAAACACGACUCGCACAUUCAGGUGGCCAACAAGUUUCAGGAGGGCAGCGCGUUACAAGCAGCAGCCCCUUGGUCGCAGAACCCCUUGGAGCACGCGUCCGGGAUCGAGCGCGCCCAGCUGGUCGCCGAGCUGGGCGGCGACGCGGACCCCUUCGACGCGGAGCCCGGGACCCGCGGCGUCGGCACGCGCGCCUGCCCCACCGUGGUCACGUCGUGCAACGCGUUCCGCUACGUGGGCUGCGUCUGCCACCCGGCCGAGCCCGUCGUCACCUGGAUGGUGCUGUGGCGGGGCGUGCCCGCGCGCUGCCGCUGCGGCUUCUGGUGGCGGCUCGACCCCAAGGAGCCCUUCUUCGACGACCCCUGCGCCAGCCACCACUGACCGCACGGUCGUCGGCGCGGCGGUGUUGAUAAAUGAAUACACUGGCUCUGCCGCCUGCCCCUCUG